GUUUUCAGUGUUUUCAAUAACCUAAAAACGUCAAAUACUAUAAGCCGUAUAAAUUAUCGAAUAUUUUCCAAAGAACAGUAUUUUAGCCGUAAAAUGACGACAUUGCCGCCUAGAAGAAAUCCCACCCCUACGAAAAUAUCUAAACAGCAUCUUACCCCUCUUCAAACGCUCUUGCAAAUGGGGUUCCCAAAACACAGAGUGGAAAAAGCACUCGCUGCCACAGGCCACAGAGGGGUACAACUAGCUUCAGACUGGCUGUUGGCCCACGUAAACGACCCUUUGCUGGACGAUAACUCGCCAAGGGAAUACAUUUUGUACGCUUGCCCUACCGGCCCCUUUUCUCAGCAACUUGAAGGAUUCUGGGACAAAUCGCGCUCUCUCUGUGGUUGGAACGGAGCUCAUAACUUCACCCCGCAUAUAACACUGGUUUCAUUUUUCAAGACACCGGAUGAAGACGCCUUGCACCUGUCUCAGGGAUUGAAAUCAGUGAUGGAACGACAAGGCGCCGUUCUGAACGAGCCCCUCAAACUAGAAACGUACACUUCGCCUAACUUCAUGGGCUUCUUUGUGGCUGAGGAACAUGCCGACUAUCUGAAGAGGAUAGCUAUGCAGUAUGUCAAAGAAGUUUCAAAUGCUAUAAUAAGCGACACCUACGAGCACUUCGAUGCUCUGACAGCUUGCUUCCCCUGGUGCACCACGACGACGGCCCGUUGUAUACCAAGGGGUAGUAGAUCUAUUAGUCUAGAACCCCACGUUAAAUCUCUUCAUUUAACUUUGGCGUACCAGUUUCCUUCUUCGCACUACUCCAAUCUGAAGUCUCUCGUAGAUGAGCUAGAUCCAGCUGCCUCUAGCGGAUGGGAGUUGAGGUUAUACUCCAGAGAUCCUAGGGUGAAUGGCAAGCAGGUGCACAAGGUUAUACAUGCCUACAACCCGACGGAAUCCGACGAACUCGACCUCCGUACCGGUGACUACGUCUACAUUAGCGGGGAAACUCUAGCCAAUUCUCCGGACGGUUGGAUAGAAGGCACUUCCUGGUUAACGGGCCAAUCGGGGUUAUUGCCAGAAUCUUACACGGAACGUACUGCGGAAUCUGACGCUUGGACACUACACAAAAAGAUCUCUCUGAAUCAAACGUCACCCAGUGAAGCCAGCAAGGAAUCUACGAGAAACAUCAUGUCUGUUCCCAACCAAGACGCAUACAUUCCUUCGUUACCCCCGAUGGACGACGAGGUUAUGUCUGGGAGGUCGAUACCGGCCAGCGAAAAUAUUUACAUGAACAUGCUGGAGCUGAAGAAGAAAGAAGGGCUGCAGAAAGAAUCGGCAGCGGACGGUUCACCGCGUAACAUCUUCAUAAUGAGGCACGGUGAGAGAGUCGAUUUUACUUUCGGCAGCUGGGUUCCACAUUGCUUUGACGAGUCCAACAACUACACCAGGAAGGAUCUCAAUAUGCCGAAAACGUUACCUUUCAGGAAAGACGGGGCGGAAGGAUAUUUGAAGGAUACCCCUUUGACCAAUGUGGGGGUACUGCAGGCAACCCUGCUGGGCGAAUCCUUCAGAGAGAAAAACAUGGACAUCCACUACGCGUACUGCUCUCCAGCGUUGCGCUCCAUCAUGACCUGCGACGGUUUUCUGAGGGGCCUCAACAAGAAGGAUCAAAUAAAGAUCCGUGUGGAGCCUGGUCUGUUUGAGUGGACCGCCUGGUACAAGGACGACGUUCCCGGUUGGAUGUCGAUCGAGGAACUCAAGAACUGUGGUUACAACAUCGAUGAAACCUACGUGCCCUGCGUCUCCGUCAAGGAUGUGCACGAGUAUAAGGAAGGCUGUGACCAGUUUUACGCGAGGAACGCCCUCAUCACCAGAAGUGUCAUCACAGCUCACAACACGGGCAACAUCCUCCUGGUCGGUCACUCGACCACUCUGGAAACCUGUUCCCACGAACUUCUGGGCAGAAAACCGAAGUUGCCCAAUGACCUGAUCAAGAUCAUCCAGAAAAUCCCGUACUGCGCCCUAGUACAGCUGACCGGCAACGGAGACAAGUGGGAAAUGGCCGAACCCGUUUGCCUGCCGAUGAUGCACUCCAACAAUCAGAGAUUCGAUUGGAAGAUGCUGUUUGGAGAGUAAUUUUUCAAAGCUAUUAGGUUAGAUUUUUAGGUACAAGAACUGAUUUUAUUAAUGAUGGUACAAAUGAGACACGUGUAUUGUUUUUUAGCCAAAGUAGGGGCGAUUCAUAUGAAGAGACGUCGGAAUUGUUCCUAUAUUUUUAAUUUGUGCUUUCCAGGGAGUUUUCUCAGCUUUCGGUUCCUCUGUUUCGAUACUGACGCGGAAUGUUUUUGCCGAGUAAGUGCUGACGACACUGGGUUGAACGGGAUAUUGAUUUUAAUUUUUUCGAGGUAGAGGAACGAGAGCGGUUGAAAACUCUUUGAUUUUAUAUUUUAUGAUUUUGAAAAAUAGUUAUUCAACUGGAAUAGUAAUUUUAAUGAACACAGGUCAGGAAAGUGAUCUAAGAGAAAAAAGUAUACAAAUUUAAAGUGUUUCAAUGUACAGAGUUCCAAUUUGACACCAGAAUUUUGUGUCCCAGUAAUUUCCCUUUUUUAAUGUUCGGUGUAAUUUCAAAUAGUAUUUUUCACCACAACAUUUCAAGUAAUGAUUUAGAUACGACAUAUACUUCACAGCUAUAACCCUCAAUCCCUAAAUCGUGAUAGGUCAAACCCUAAUUGAAUAUCAUUGAGCCUAUAAUCCUCAAACUGACCCACAAUUUCUAGGUCAGAAAACUCAUGAUGUAAAGUUCAUUACUGUACUUGUGAUAAUUAUACUCUACUCAAAUUCAUUUUUUUCAAAUGUGUCCGGAUGUGAUUUUUCAUGUGAUCUCUUCUACCGAAUCCUUUGCCAUAUUUGUCGCAAGUGUGUGGUUUGUCUCCGCUUGAAGUCGACUUUAUAAUUGAGAUUCUUUGAACAGAUUUUACAGUCGAAUUGUUUGUCCCUCUUUCUCAAGUGUAUGAUAUGUCAAUCCCUAAUUGAAUAUCAUUAAACCUAUAAUCCUCAAACUGACCCUCAAUUCCUAGGUCAGAAAACUCAUGAUGUAAUGUUCAUUACUCUAAUUGUGAUAAUUGUACUCUACUCAAAUUCAUUUUUUUUUUUAAAUGUGUCCGGAUGUGAUUAUUCAUAUGAUCCCUUCUACUGAAUCCUUUGCCACAUUUGUCGCAAAUGUGUGGUUUGUCUCCGCUUAAAGUCGACUUUAUAAUUGAGAUUCUUUGAAAAGAUUUUACAGUCGAAUUGUUUGUCCCUCUUUCUCUAGUGUAUGAUAUGUCAAUCCCUAAUUGAAUAUCAUUAAACCUAUAAUCCUCAAACUGACCCUGAAUCCCGGGUGAGAAAACUCAUGAAGAAUUGGUCUAUAUAUUAUCCUCACAUGACACAUUUGCAUAAUGUUCUUUCUUUUAAUUAUGAUAGUCAUACUCUACACACAUUUAUUUUUUUAAAUCACAACUUGGAGAACUCUAACCUCAAAUCCCUAACUCAUGAUAUGUCAAUCCCUAAUCUAAUGCCAUUGAACCCUUAAUCCUUUAACUAUUGUCGUUGGUCAGUAAAUUUUUUUUGGCACCUUUCCUACAUUUGAAAAGUCUUGUUAUGUUGCAGGAUAUAACAAGAUUUCUUGAAAUAUUUAUUGCAUGGUUCGCAUUCUGACUGUCCUUAUUUUCUGGCCCAGUAUUAUUCUGAAUAUUGUUGGGGUAUACGACGUAUGUUGCGUCUUGUCUAACUUGCCCUUCAUCAGGAAGCCGUUCUGAUUGUUCAACUUCAUUGACGCCUUUUUGACAGUGACACUUCUCAUUUUUAUACAGAAAAUAACUGAAUUCUUCACUUAGUUCUGUUGAUGGUAAAAGUUAUUGUAGCUGUUUGAAUUGUGUGCUUGAUUUCACUGGAUUUCGGCCACUUAUUUCAUCUUCAGAUCCAUAACUCCAGAACCCACAAACUCCAAACCUAUGUAAGGAACACUUCAUGAUGAGAUUUACACUAACCAAUUUUGCAAAACGCAGCGCGUGUUUCGCUAUUCAAUAGCUUCUUCAGGCCAGUCUAUACUAACUCUAUACUAUGUGUUAGGCCUGAAGAAGCUGAUGUAGAACGAAACACGUGUUGCGUUCUUGUGAGUGUUCAGUGAUAAACUUACUCUGUUUCUUCAACAUGUUAUAGAUGUUCAAGUAUCAUAUAUCCAAACAUAUGAAUACAUUAGUCAUCAUUCUCAAACCACGAACAUUAAAAAAGGGAAAUCACUCAAUUUCUGAACUGGAUUUUUUAGAGAAAAAAAAAGUACAUUGAAAAAUUAAAAUGGACUUUGAGUGUUAACAGCAGCUCUUUCAGAUUGCCAGAAUGAUUUUUUGAGAAAUGAUCAUCAAACCAAGGUUUUUUUUGUUAGAAUUCUGGUAGAAAAUUUGAGGCUCUGUUAUUUUUGUUCUCGACAUAGUUUUCUUUUUCGAUUAGCCUUCUGAAAGAUAUAUUUCAGUUAGUAAUUAUUUUAAUUUGUGUUAAGUCUGACCUAUAUAUGUCCUGUUGUUUCGGGGGUCCUUGGAUACUUUUAUUAGUUCAUAUCGAAUAGAUUUUAUAACUAUAUGCCAGACUGCAAGAUGUAUUUUUAAUAUUUUUAUUUCGUGCUCUGUCCUUAGUUAUAUAUUUUUUCUCAAUUUUUAAAGUUUACUGUGUUCAAUGCAUGUGUAUAUUUUUCAAUUUAUAUUUACAAAUAAAAAACCCGAAUGAAUAUCCUGAGAAA